UUCUAUUAGUUAAUUUCUAAAGUUCGUUUGCAGAUAUUAACUCCGUCACUGAAACUAGAAAGGUUAACUAAAAACCAGCAACAACCGAGUAACGUUGAUAACGGAACUUCCACGGUGCUGCACGAGCCUGACCCACAGACAGAACGGGACCAGGCAGAUUAAAACCUUGUCGCCGGAAAGGUCGUGUGUUUCCCGAGAUGAAGAUCCUGUUCGCUCCGCUGAACAUCCCGCUGCGGAGGAGACUCCAGACAGCCGCGGUGCUGCAGUGGAUCUUCUCUUUCCUUGCGCUCGCCCAGUGUUGUCUAGCAGGGUAUGUGUUGCUGUGCGUCUCUGAUUGGUGGGUUCUGGCGGCGCUGUAUGCUGGUUGGCUGUAUCUGGACAGGGACACACCCACCAGCGGGGGUCGGAGGUCAGAGUGGCUUCGGAACUGGAGCGUCUGGAAACACUUCAGAGACUACUUCCCUCUCAAUCUCAUAAAGACGGUGGAUCUGGACCCUGGUUCUAACUACAUCUUUGGGUUCCACCCCCAUGGUGUUCUGGUGGCGGGGGGUUUUGGGAACUUCUGUACGGAGGCGUCAGGGUUCUCCUCGAUGUUCCCCGGGCUGACCCCCUACCUCCUGAUGCUGCCAUUCUGGUUCAGAGUACCCUUCUUCAGAGACUACAUCAUGUGUGGAGGUCUGGUAUCCAGUGAGAAAGCCAGCCUGUCCUACCUGCUCUCAGCUCCUAGAGGAGGUAAUGUGGCGGUGGUGGCUAUAGGGGGCGCUCCAGAGGCUCUAGACGCCCGACCAGGAGCUCUCACCCUUCAGAUUCUACACCGCAAGGGAUUCAUCAAACUGGCACUAAAACACGGGGCCCAGCUUGUACCUGUGUUCUCCUUUGGGGAGAAUGAGCUCUUCGACCAGAUGACCAACCCUGCCGGGUCGCCGCUCCGCUGGCUCCAGGACCACUUGCAAAGGCUCAUGGGAGUUGCGCUGCCAAUGUUCACCGGACGAGGAGUGUUCCAAUACAGCUUCGGUCUACUGCCCUACAGAGAGCCCAUACACACUGUUGUGGGUAGGCCUAUUCCAGUGGUCCAGACCCCCUCUCCCACUAAAGAUGAUAUAGACGGUCUCCAUUCUCUCUACCUGAAGGGCCUCACUACGGUGUUUGAAGACAACAAGGACAACUACGGCAUUGCACCAGACAAACACCUCCACUUCAUCUAGACAUGUGCAUCCACACCUGUAAUCAGCAGGAAAAGAAGCUUAACAGACAAAUCCAAAGCUGUUGCAACACCUAGGUCAGAGUUCUAGCUGAAGGUUAGAAGGAUCCUGUGGCGUUAUGUAGGGUUCUGUGGAGUUGAUGUAGGGUUCUCAAGGGUCCUGUCUGGUUCUAGAGGGUCUUGUAGGGUUCUCAAGGGUCCUGUCUGGUUCUAGAGGGUCUUGUAGGGUUCUAAAGGGUCCUGUAGGGUCAUCUGUAGGGUCAUCUGUAGGGUCAUCUGUAGGGUCAUCUGUAGGGUCCUGUAGGGUCCUAGGGGGUCCUGUAGGGUUCUAGAUGGUCAUCUGUAGGGUUCUAGAGGGUUAGUUGGGGUUCUGUAGGGUUAUGUAGGGUUCUGUGGGGUCCUGUAGGGUCAGUUGGGGUUCUGUAGGGUUAUGUAGGGUUCUGUGGUGUCCUGUAGGAUUAUGUAGGGUUCUAGAGGGUCAUGUAGGGUUCUGUGGGGUCCUGUAGGAUUAUGUAGGGUUCUAGAGGGUCAUGUAGGGUUCUGUGGGGUCCUGUAGGGUUAGUUGGGGUUCUGUGGGGUCCUGUAGGGUUCUAGAGGGUCCUGUAUGGUUCUAGAGGGUCCUGUAUGGUUCUAGAGGGUCCUGUAUGGUUCUAGAGGGUCCUGUAUGGUUCUAGAGGGUCCUGUAUGGUUCUAGAGGGUCCUGUAUGGUUCUAGAGGGUCCUGUAUGGUUCUAGAGGGUCCUGUAUGGUUCUAGAGGGUCCUGUAUGGUUCUAGAGGGUCCUGUAUGGUUCUAGAGGGUCCUGUAUGGUUCUAGAGGGUCCUGUAUGGUUCUAGAGGGUCCUGUAGGAUUAUGUAGGAUUCUGGAGGGUCCUGGAGGGUCCUGGAGGAUUAUGUAGGAUUCUGUAGGGUCCUGUAGGGUCAUCUGUAGGGUCCUGUAGGGUCCUAGGGGGUCCUGUAGGAUUCUGUAGGGUCCUGUAGGAUUCUGUAGGGUCCUGUAGGGUCAUCUGUAGGGUCAUCUGUAGGGUCCUAGGGGGUCCUGUAGGGUCAUCUGUAGGGUCAUCUGUAGGGUCCUAGGGGGUCCUGUAGGGUUCUAGAGGGUCCUGUAGGGUUAGUUGGGGUUCUGUAGGGUUCUGUGGGGUCCUGUAGGAUUAGUUGGGGUUGUGUAGGGUUGUGUAGGGUUCUAGAGGGUUCUAGAGGUUUAUGUAGGGUCCUAUAGGGUUCUGUGGGGUUCUGUGGGGUCAUGUAGGGUUAGUUAGUACCAAGAUUAUAUUAUUUAUUAUUAUUGUUUUAGAGGGUUCUAGAGGGUUAUGGAUGGUUGUGUGGGGUCCUGUAGGAUUAGUUGGGGUUCUGUAGGGUUGUGUAGGGUUCUAGAGGGUUCUAGAGGUUUAUGUAGGGUCCUGUAGGGUCCUGUAGGGUUCUAGAGGGUUAUGUAGGGUCCUGUAGGGUCAGUUAGUACCAAGAUGGUGGGCAGUAAGACGUGUUUGUUUUUGUCCCAUGUAAAUAUUAUUAUUAUUAUUAUUAUAUUAUUAUUAUAUUUUUUGUUGUAUACAUUUCAUUAUAUUUCAAUCUAUUUUUUUUCUCCAUUUUCUAAUUAAAUAAACUUCCUGCAACCCGC